AUGUUUAUGCUCAGAAACGUGGGCAAGCUCAUCUUCGGCGACGCUGCAAAGGAGUCGAUCAUCGAAAUCCCUCAAGGCCAGCUUUAUAUUGUGCGACCGCUCUCCCCCAAGGGAUACUCUGAACUUAUCUUCAAGGACGCUGCGGCGAGCAUCAGAAGGACCGGCCAAGAAUUCCAAUACCAGCUCGUGAUCCAAAGAGCUUACGAAGAAGGCGAAGAAGAGCUCUCUGCUGAAGGCGACGAAAGCGGUGAACUCGAGGGAUUAGGCGGCGACAAGGACGAAAAGAUCUUCUUGGUGGACGAGAGCCUUCGUCUUCGAUCCGAAGUUCGAGAAGAAGGCGAGAAGGUGAUCGCUUGGAGAGACCUGAGCGGUGACGUCGGUGACCUGUACGAGUUCGUUUGCGAUCCGUCGAUACCCCAAGAAAAAGUCGCGACAUUUCUUCUUGCGGCGGUAGAGUGUCAAUACGAGCGCAAAUACCGCCGUAGCGCGCAGCAAGCAUCGGACGAGCAGCUCCAAGAAUUUGAUUUUGAAGAGGAGAGUCCAAUCCCCAACGCGAGCCCAAUAGCUACCUCAGCAUCACCGCAUCCAGCAUCACCAACCUCUAAAGAGUCUGCAACAGCGAUGGCGAAAGAAGUCGUCUCUUCCAAAGGAAGAAACCAGGAUGCAGUAGCUCAAUCCUCGGAACAGACGGUGGCACCUCCAUCUGCUUCGAUUCCCACUGCGACUGAGAUUCUUGCGCAGGAGACGGCCGAGCUUCACCUGUUUGAUUUCAACAGUGGCACAUUUGUUCUUCAGGACCCAUUGGUCACUGCAACAGUUUCCGAAAUUGGCUCCUGGGAUUACUGGCUACAAAUUACUGGUACUGAGCGGGAAUGGCUAGGACAACCAGUCGUGGCUGAUAUCAACCCGGUAUUCAACUUUGAGUAUUUAUCAUUUAUCUUUAAUCAUUACACAGAGGAUGGCUCCGCGUACUCUUGGCUCCUGCGAUUCAAAGAUCAGACAGUAGAGGAGCGGUUUCAAGAAGGAUUGAUGCAGGCACUAUGGGAGCGCCUAAAUGAAAUGAAGUGGGCAAAAGCCAAAGAAAAUGACCGCGACUACGUUCUGGAGGCAUUUAAUGAUCUCACGAUGGAUGAUAGGGAAGAGGACGCCAAGGAAUUGGAAGAAGAGGAAGAAGCCGAAGAAAUCGCGGAGGCAGAGGAGGAAGAGGAGGACGAUGGGCAAAGGAGUGAGCAUUACGAUGAGGAUGAAGAUGAAGACGACGUUGCUACUCGAGAUGAUGAUGGAAAUGUCAACUCCCAGCUUGCUGUCGGAUACAAGCACGAUCGAUCCUUCGUUGUCAGAGGAUCUAAAAUUGGUGUCUUUAGACAUACUCCCAAUAACAACCUCGAGUUUUCAACCAAUAUAUCGAAAGUUGAAACCCCAGAUGGAAAGUUAUUCAGCCCUAAGAAGGUUAUGCUUCAUGCGGAAGAUGCGAAUAUGAUCCUUCAGAACGAGCAGAACCCGAACUCUCUAUAUCGCAUGGAUUUAGAGUAUGGCAAGGUUGUCGACGAAUGGAAAGUGCAUGAUGACAUUCCGGUCCUAUCAUUCACCCCUGAAACCAAAUUCUCUCAAAUGACAUCGGCGCAACCUUUCGUGGGUCUUUCGCGGAAUGCACUUUACCGUAUCGACCCUCGUCUCGGCGGCAACAAGCUUGUUGAUGCGGACCUGAAGCAAUAUGUAAGCAAAAACGACUUCUCUGUUGCCUCAACGACAGAGAAGGGAUACCUUGCUGUUGCUUCAAACAAAGGAGACAUUCGAAUGUUUGAUAGACUUGGAAUUAAUGCCAAAACCCAUAUUCCUGCUUUGGGAGAAGCCAUUUUCGGAUUGGAUGUCUCUGCUGAUGGACGAUGGGUGCUCGCUACCUGCCGUACAUAUCUUCUCUUGAUCGAUGCUCUGCAAAAGGACGGCAAGAAUGAAGGGAAACUCGGCUUUGAGAAACCAUUUGCCAAAGACUCAAAACCACAGCCUCGACGUCUCGGUCUGCAACCUGCCCAUGUUGCUCAAUUCCAGCAUGAAACCAAAGCUCCCCUUUGCUUUACCCCGGCACGAUUCAAUACUGGUCUUGACUCUUCGGAAACGUCCAUCAUCACCGCUACCGGACCAUUUAUUAUUACUUGGAACUUGAAGAAGAUUCUUCUUGGCCGCAAAGACCCAUACACUAUCAAACGGUACGCAGAGGAAGUGAAAGCAGAUAAUUUCAAGUUUGGAAGUGAUAAGAAUGUCAUUGUUGCUCUGCCAAAUGAGGUCAACAUGGUUGCGAAGCAAAGCUUCCGAAAGCCAACCAGGGAGAGUAUUGCCGGGCCGCCAGUCACUCCUGGUCGAUUCAGUGCUGGAAGGAAGGCCAGCCGACUUGGGCGAAAUGAGAUCGUUAACAGCCCAUACUGA